AUGAAACGGUCCAGUCAACUACUCAAAUGGACUUGGUUAUUCUAUGGGCUUCAUUUGAAUACCGCUUUACCAUAUACCCCAAGCCAGAUUCUCUUCAACCUAAACGAAAAUCAGACAGCUACUAGUCCCCUCGACUACUGGGGGCAAUGGCGAGAUCACGAAUUUCAACCCUCUCCGGAUAAUUGGCGUAUGCCUUUUUACACUGUUUUUCUCGACAGAUUUGUAAAUGGAGAUCCUUCAAAUGAUGAUGCAAAUGGGACGCAAUGGGAACACGACAUUCUGUCAAACCAGUUCAGAAAUGGGGGCGAUGUCCUAGGCCUGGUUGAUAGUUUUGAUUAUUUACAAGGAAUGGGUAUAAAAGCUUUGUAUUUGGCAGGUAUGCCGCAUAUAAACCAGCCCUGGGCUGCUGAUGGUUACUCUCCUCUUGAUCUUACAUUGCUGGACCAUCAUUUUGGAACGAUAAACGACUGGCGGACAAUGAUCUCCGAAGCACAUAGAAGGGGGAUUUAUGUAAUACUUGAAAAUACAAUCAUGGGGGAUCUUAUAGGCUUUGAGGGAUUUGAGAACACCUCCGCGCCGCUUAACCCUUGGGAAUAUAACUACAUAUGGAAAACAUCCCGUCGUUAUCACGAUUUUCAGCCUAGCAACGAAUGGCUUGAGGAGUGUGAAUGGGAGUACCCUCGGUUCUGGGACGAUUACGGCCGUGGCUUAAUUGAAACUACCUUAGUCAAGGGAUGUCGCAACAGUGAAUUCGAUCAGUAUGGCGAAGUGGCAUCAUUUGGGAACUAUGACGAAUGGGAACGACAGAUUACGAAAUUCGCUUAUGUACAGGAUCGUCUUCGAGAAUGGAGACCAGACGUUUUACAGAAGCUGAAGCUUUUUUCAUGUAUUACAAUAGCAAUGCUAGACAUAGACGGUUUUCGCAUCGACAAGGCUAUCCAGGUGACGCUUGAUGCACAAGCAGAUUGGUCAGACUCAAUUCGUCAAUGUGCACGGCGUUUCAACAAGACCAAUUUCUACAUCCCGGGAGAAAUUGUAUCAGGAAAUUCUUUUGGUGCUCUUUACGUCGGUCGCGGUCAACAAAUAAAUCAAACCAACAACAACAUGACGGAGGUUGUGGCCAUAACCAACUCGUCAGCCCCUGAUCUCCACAUAAGAUCAGCGGAGAAAGUCGCUCUGGACUCUGCUGCUUUUCACUAUUCGUUAUACAGGUCACUUACUCGAUUUCUCGGAAUGGAUGGUACUUUUGAGGCUGAGGGAGAUCCGCCUACAAAUUUCGUAGAUUUAUGGAAUGGCUUAGUGCAAACAAAUGACAUGGUCAACACGAAUAUACGCAAAUUUGACCCUAGACACCUUUAUGGGGUGUCAAAUCAAGAUGUUUUUCGUUGGCCGUCAAUACAGAACGGGACCGAAAAAGAAGUUCUCGGUCUUUAUAUUGUCUCGUUACUAAUGCCGGGGUCGCCAAUUCUUUUCUGGGGAGAGGAACAAGCGUUUUAUGUCCUAGACAACACUAACGCAAACUAUGGUAAGCUCUAUACUCAUUUACUCAAACUCAAGGCUCAUCUGCUUAAAGUGUUUGGACGACCCCCCAUGACAUCUUCUCUAGCGUGGCAGCUACAUGGCUGCUACAAAGUGGGUUCAGUGAGGUAUAACAACUUUCCAAUCGACAGUGCCUUGUAUGGUUGUAUGGAUGAUAAUGUCAGCCUUGAUCACCGAGACCCCACUGCCCCGAUUCGGGGCAUAUUAAAAGGAAUGUUUGAGAUGCGUCAAAAUUACCCUGUUCUCAACGAUGGAUACUACUUGCAGCAACUUUCGAAUAUGACAUACAAUAUUUACUUACCUGGAAGUAAUGGAACCUGCACUGAAACAGGACUUUGGAGUGUUCUACGCUCACGGUUCGAGGACACGCAGGACUUUACAGGAAUAAGGCAAGGUAAUCAAAGUAUUUGGCUGGUUUAUCAAAAUGAUAACCGUACGAUCAACUAUAAAUUCAACUGCUCUGACCACCAUCGGGCAUUGGUGUCCCCCUUUGACGAAGGAACCACAGUGAAAAACCUCUUUCCCCCAUUCGAAGAAUAUACACUGGGAUCAAGUACUCAUAAGCUAGGGCUUGAAGGUUCGGAUAAGCUCAAUGGCUGCCUGAAUAAUCUGACUCUUCCAGCAUGGGGAUUCAAGGCAUUCGUUCCAAAGGAAGCCUUCAUUGCACCCUCUUCGUACAUAACUAAAUUCAGUCCAGGCCACGACGCUCGUAUUCUUUCAACAGUGAAAACGGGUGAAACGAUAUCCAUCAGCUUUCAGUUCUCCGAGGAGAUGGAUUGUAAUAGCAUUACUGAUGGACUUUGGAUUUCUUCGACUACUUUGUACAACCAAUCUGCCCAGCUUGAUAAGGGUUCAGUUUCAUGCCGCCCAGUUCUAGAAGACCAGAUGUUAUCUUGGCAAGGAGCUUUCACCGGAAUGUUUAAUUAUACUAUUGAACUGACAAAUGUCUUUCAUGGUGUUCAUGAAGUGGUCCUAAAAAAUGUCACAAAUAAAGGCAGAAAUCGCACCACCAAUGCUGUGGAUCAUUUUCUCUUUCGAAUAGGCUCUGCAGACAAUCCGGUGGUGUGGCCCAGCAAAGCCAAUUAUAGCAGAACUCUCUUGUAUGCAGACUCCUCGGACGAUGGGACCUUAUGGGUGUCCCAUAAAGCUCCUGGGGCUGACAAAUGGCGCUAUACGUUGGACUUCGGUUCAUCCUUCAGCCCAUGGAUGCCCUACACAGGUCUCAAUGUCUCUAUUCCUCCUAAAAAUUGGUCCAGGGCCGCAUUACAAGAAUGGGAUGGGGAGCAUAUUAUGGUACAAUAUUGGAAUAGGCUUACCGGGAGUAGCAGUCAUUACCAACAUGGUGAUCUCAAUUGGAAUGACAAGCCACCACGAAGAUUUCCCAAUUUCUGGUUGCAAGGGGAAUUUAAUCAAUUUGGCUAUGAUUCGGGAUAUCGAAACAAAAUGCACCUUAGCAACCUCAGCGGACAAUGGGAGUUCAAUUUUAUGGCUGAAUGGCCAACUCGUGUGGCAUUGAAUGCAUGGGGCAUGAACGAUGAUGGACAACCUGACAAUGCCCAAAUUUACGGUGAUAUAGAUGGUGAUAUGAUUCUCGAUCGUAUACCGCCUAUUUCAUUGUUGAGUAAUUUCAUUAAUGUCACUGAUCCUCCUCCGUGGCCAUACCUAUCAUGGAAAUUGUCUCUAGAUGACGGUAACAUACGAUAUUGGACCACACCCCAGGGCUCACAGAAAGUUCAACUGGCAAUAUAUUUUUGUUUUGCCUUUGUUCCACUCCUGUCAAGUGCCACAGCAGUUUGGGUGUAUCUGAAAGCUUUCUAUCAGGUCAAAUUUAAUGACACCGGUGUCAAGCAACAGAAACAUCGACCAGAGGAUGGUCUCGUGAGGAAAAGUCUAACGAACAUUCAGUCAAUGGAAAUAAAAAGUAUCGGUGCAGACUGGGUGGAAAAACUGAUCGGUCCAUUCUCUCAGACGUCUACGCUUGCUAAUUCCGCACAUGACCAAGCUCUAAAUGCAGACGCCGGCGACUUGCGCAGAACUGUUCUUUUUGCCACUAUGGAAUAUGAAAUCGAGGAUUGGGGAAUAAAAGUAAAAAUAGGUGGACUCGGAGUAAUGGCUCAGUUGAUGAGCAGAAAUCUUGGCCAUCUAAAUCUAAUAUGGGUGGUUCCGUGUGUUGGUGGAAUCGAGUAUCCUAUUGACCGAAUGGCAGAACCCAUGAGUAUCACAGUCAUGGGAAAGACUUUUCAAGUCCAGGUUCAAUAUCAUACUAUUCGAAACAUAACAUAUGUCCUUCUGGAUGCGCCGGUUUUUAGGGCUCAGUCCAAGUCCGAACCAUAUCCCGCUCGCAUGGACGAUCUCAAUUCCGCUAUAUGUUAUUCUGCGUGGAAUUCGUGCAUCGCUGAAACACUUAAACGGUUUCCAGUCGAUAUUUAUCACAUUAAUGACUACCAUGGUGCAGCUGCACAGCUUCAUUUGCUCCCUGAAACGAUUCCUUGCUGCCUAUCCCUUCACAACGCGGAAUUCCAAGGCCUUUGGCCUAUGAGGACUGACAAAGAGUGUCAAGAAGUUGGCCAAAUUUUCAAUUUGCAUCCGUCUAUUAUUAAACGGUACGUGCAAUUUGGUGAUGUCUUUAACUUGUUGCAUGCUGGAGCAGCUUACUUGCAUAUUCAUCAAAAUGGAUUUGGGGCUGUGGGCGUAUCGAGGAAGUAUGGCAAACGAUCAUGGGCAAGGUAUCCCAUUUUCUGGGGUCUAAAAGAAGUGGGAUCCCUACCUAACCCUGAUCCCUCUGAUACUGCGGAAUGGAAACGAGGAGGAGAAAUCGAACGAGCCGAAGUCAACCCUGAAUUUGAAGCAGCUCGUGCGGGUCUAAAACAGAAAACCCAAGCGUGGGCUGGACUCGAGCAAAUAUCAGAUGCUGAACUUUUCGUUUUUGUUGGCAGAUGGUCGAUGCAGAAGGGUAUUGACUUGAUCGCGGAUAUUUUUCCUUGUAUCUUGGAAAAUUACCCCAAAACGCAACUCAUCUGUGUUGGACCUGUCAUUGACCUCUACGGUCGGUUCGCAGCCAUCAAAUUAAACAGGAUUAUGCAGAUGUUUCCCAAAAGAGUCUUCUCAAAACCGGAAUUCACGGUUCUGCCUCCGUAUGUCUUUAGCGGCACCGAAUUUGCGUUAAUACCUUCACGCGAUGAGCCCUUCGGACUCGUGGCCGUUGAAUUUGGAAGAAAGGGGGCUUUGGGGGUUGGCUCACGGGUCGGAGGCUUAGGACAGAUGCCUGGCUGGUGGUACACCAUUGAAUCAAUGACAACCAAGCAUCUAAUCCACCAAUUUAAACAAGCUAUUCAGGAAGCACUCAAUUCAAAACCUGCAGUUCGAGCUAUCAUGCGUUCUCGAUCUGGAAAGCAGCGUUUUCCUGUGGCGCAAUGGGUCGAGGAGCUUGAAAUCUUACAAUCAGAAACAAUUGAAAAGCAUCAUAAAUAUGCCAAAUUCCAAAAGCUUGAUCGGCAGUCACUUAUUCGAAACAGUCUUUCCCGAAGUCUCAGUAAACGACUAGCAAGCGAGGCUUCGACCGACAACGACGAAUCAAGAGAAGGCCUGAAGCAGACCGAUGCUCGCGCAGAGCCUGGGAGACAACGACCAACCUACCAUAGGAGAAAGCUCUCCCAGUCGCUCAGUUUCCUUGGUAAUACUGCACCUCAAUAUUCAUUGGAUGAAGAGGACGCAUACUGCCCUACCGAUGAACAUUCACAAUCAAGUGACCAGCCGUCUGAAUCUCGAAGAAACGGGGUAUUAUCUAUUCGGGACGGCUCAACGUGCAGUUCCGAAGUGAACUCCCAUAACCCCUCAGGGGUAACCACACCAAUCCCUGCAGUAUCCGAACAUACCAUAAGCCAGCCAACUCUAAAUGACCAACUUGAAAAUUCAUCAAGCCAAGAUCUACUGAGUAUAGACAACGUCAUCAGGGAAAAGACCAGUUUUAACCUGCAAAGCGUGAAUCCGUUUUUCACAGAUUCGACCCAAGUCUAUGCCAAAAAGUUCCAGAGAAAGCUGAAUCAUCUCGAUGGCAAGAAUUCUGAGGAUCAACUAUGCAUCGAAGAAUACCUGUCUAAAAGUGAAAAAGAGUGGUUCAAUCGUUAUCGUGACAUCAAGCUAGGUCGAAGCUCGUCAAGUCACGGAACUCCAACGUCAUCAAUUUUCAAAGUAAGAGUGCAAUCUACUGCAGACAGUGACUGCACUUCUCCAACUGCCCCUGCAAGCUCAGAGGAAGAAAAAAAUUGGGCGGAUUUCGAACUUCCCCGAAAUUAUGUUCCCCCUUCUGGUCUAAGAAGACUCUUACUAUACCGAAUCGGUGACUGGUCAUUGUACACAAUGUUACUUGCCUUCGGUCAAAUUAUCGCCGCUAAUUCCUACCAAGUGACAUUAUUAAACGGUGAAAUCGGAGAGCCUGCCGAUAAACUUUAUAUUAUUGCCAGCAUUUAUCUCGCUUCAUCAAUUGUGUGGUGGAUAUUGUUUCGCUGGUUGAAGUCCAUAUUUGUACUAUCGUUACCUUUCCUGCUAUAUGGAUCAGCGUUUGGUUUCAUUGGCUUCUCUCCCCUUGUCUCUAAUUCAUUAGGGCGUUGGUGGAUGCAAAAUGUUGCUACCGGGCUUUAUGCUGCUGCAUCUUCUAGCGGGUCGAUUUUUUUUGCCCUCAACUUUGGUGACGAAGGAAACUCCCCUGUAAAAUCCUGGGUAUAUCGAGCUUGUGUCAUUCAAGGGACUCAGCAAAUAUAUGUCACCUUCUUAUGGUACUGGGGAAGUAGGCUCGCUGCUCAUUCCCAAGCAGGGUCUGCUCAGAUUAGUUUAGCAGACUCAAACCCAAAGCUUCUUAUUGGAACUGGUAUAGGUAUUGCAGUAUUCAUGUGGACACUUGGUACCUUCCUUUUUCUGGGUUUGCCGGACUACUAUAGACAAGCUCCUGGCAAGGUGCCGUCUUUUUACAAAUCACUCCCUCGACGGAAGAUAAUUUUGUGGUUUUUCUAUGCAGUGUUCGUCCAAAACUACUGGUUAUCUGCUCCUUACGGUCGGAAUUGGCUAUAUCUGUGGUCUAGCAAGCAUGCACACACAUGGGAGAUCAUCGUCUUGGUGCUGUUCUUCUUCAUUGGUAUUUGGGCAGCUAUCCUGUGGGUAUUUAGUGUCUUAUCAAAGCGGCACGUUUGGUUUGUGCCUAUUUUUGCGAUAGGGCUAGGUGCACCCAGAUGGUGCCAGUUACUUUGGUCCACAUCAAAUAUCGGGGCCUAUGUACCCUGGGCAGGUAGUCCUCUUGCCAGCACACUUCUUGGACGAGGUCUGUGGCUAUGGCUAGGAGUUCUUGAUGCUCUACAAGGUGUUGGUUUUGGCAUGAUUCUUCUUAACACCCUAACUCGAUUCCAUAUUGCAUUCACGUUAAUUGCAGCACAAGUCAUUGGCUCAGUCGGCACUAUUCUUGCACGCGCCAGUGCUCCAGAUAAGCUGGGUCCCGGUGAUGUCUUCCCUGAUUUCUCAGAGGGAGUUCAUAUCGCACUCUCGAAACGGGACUUCUGGCUCUGUCUAUUAUUCAUAUUAUCUAUAAAUGUGCUCUGCUUCUCAUUUUUCCGCAAGGAACAGUUACAGAAACCUUGACCACAAGGAAGCUAUGAGCGUCCAUGUCACAUUUUGCAUGCACCGCCAUCUUCAAUGUUGGUGGUAUACAUACUCAUUAAUUGAUCUUCACGGGAUCUCUGUUUCUAAACAGACCAGCUCUGGAUAUACACACCAUCAUGUAUAGCCAGGAUGCCAAGUGCUGUUUUAUAUAUCUUCAGCCUAUAUUUUUAAAAGUGUUUUUUAUAGACCGCAUACAUAUACUUUUCG